AUGAAGUUCGCACAGGACACUAUAAGAAACUAUACCAUCCAGAACAAUUAAUAACGGGAAAAGAAGAUGCUGCAAAUAAUUAUGCUCGAGGUCACUAUAGCAUAGGCAAAGAAAUGUUGAACAUAGUUAUGGAGAGACUGAACAAAUUGGCAGAAAACUGUCAUGGUCUUCAGGGAUUCUUCCUUUUUCAUUCGUUCGGAGGCGGAACUGGUUCGGGAUUCUCUUCUCUUUUGAUGGAAAAGCUUUCUCAAGAGUUUGGAAAAAAAAGCAAACUAGAAUUUGUCGUUUACCCAGCACCUCAGGUGUGUACUGCAGUUGUUGAACCAUACAAUUCGAUAUUGACGACACAUGCAACACUGAGCCAUACUGAUUGUGCUUUUAUGGUGGAUAACGAAGCAAUCUAUGAUAUUUGCAGACGAAAACUUGGAAUUGAAAGGCCUGAUUACAUAAACCUCAACAGACUCAUCAGUCAAGUUGUUUCUUCAAUCACAGCUUCUUUGAGAUUUGAUGGAGCUCUGAAUGUUGAUUUGACAGAAUUCCAAACAAAUUUAGUGCCUUAUCCCCGAAUACAUUUUCCAGUUGCCUCUUAUGCACCAGUAGUUUCUUCUGAAAAAGCUUACCAUGAAGGGAUGUCUGUGGCUGAAAUUACUGCAGAAUUAUUUGAACCUACGAAUCAGAUGGUUAAAUGUGAUCCAAGAGAAGGUAAAUAUAUGGCCUGCUGUCUCCUUUAUCGAGGUGACGUAGUACCUAAAGACGUUAAUGCAUCUAUAGCCCAAAUGAAAUCUAAAAGCAGCGUUAGAUUUGUUGAUUGGUGUCCGACAGGUUUCAAAGUUGGGAUCAACUAUCAACCACCAACAGUUGUAAAGGGAGGCGACUUAGCAGGAGUACAGAGGGCUGUUUGUAUGCUCUCUAACACCACUGCAAUAGAAUCUGCAUGGAGAAAACUAAAUAAGAAAUUUGAUCUCAUGUUUGCCAAACGAGCUUUCGUCCACUGGUAUGUUGGCGAAGGGAUGGAAGAAGGCGAAUUCGGAGAAGCAAGAGAAAACUUGGCAAUGCUGGAAAAAGAUUACGAGGAAGUUGCAUCAGAAACAAUGGAUUAUAUUGGCGAAGAGAUUAUGUGAUUUUUUUUCGAAUUUCAAAACGAUUGGACAGUCUCAUAACAACUGAAAUUAGAAAAUUAUUUCAACAAUGAUACAAGUGAUGAAACGGUACCUAAUAAAAAUUAUGGAUAUGGCACA